AUGGCCACCUUCAGCAAAGCGUCCUUCGACUCCGUCCGCUACGCCGCCGCACGCCCGACCUAUCCCCGCCAGCUCUUCGACGCCGUCCUGCAGUACCACGCCCGCUCGCCCGCCGCGCAGUGGCUCACCGCCGUCGAUCUCGGAUGCGGAACAGGCCAGGCAACGACCGAGCUCCGCGCCUUCAAACACGUCAUCGGCGUCGACCCCAGCCCAAACAUGCUCGCCCAGGCCCGCGCCAACGUCACCGCCUCCUCCAACGCUAACGCCAACGACCCCGACGCCUCCAAUGCCAACGCGAGCGACGCCAACGCCAACGCCAACGCCACCACGCAGUUCGAGUUCGUACAAGCCCCCGCAGAGGACCUCUCCUUCCUCAAAGACGCCUCCGUCGACCUGCUCAUAGCCGCACAAGCCGCGCACUGGUUCGACUGGAACAAGAUGUGGCCCGAGGCAGCCCGCGUCCUGCGUAAAGGCGGCAGCGUCGCCUUCUGGGGCUACUCCGAGUUCCGCCUCCCGCACUACCCCUCCCUCACCCCCCUCAUCUCCACAUUCACCCAGGGCCCCGACCCCGCCUCCUCCCUCGGCCCGCACUGGCAACAACCCGGCCGCGCGAUCCUCGACAACCACUUCCGCGACGUGCCCGUCCCGACCGCCGUCCUCCCCGACAAAUUCACAGCCUGGCAACACGUCUUCUACACCGGCCCCCACCACCCCCACCUCCCCGCCCCGCGCCCCGUCCUCCUCCACAAACGCGCCCCCUGGCCCGCCCUCCUCGCCUACCUCCACACCGCGAGCGCCCUCCACACCUUCCGC